AUGGCGGACCCGAGAUUUAAAAACGAAGAAGGUGGAAACAGCAGACCCAAGUACAACCUAGACAAGAUAGAUUUCGACUGGGUUGAAAAGUCAACUGAUGUUAAAGAGCUAUUGAAAGCUCACGAUGCCCUUAAGGACGAUGCUGGGUUCCCAGAUCUCUUGAGAGCUGUAAGCAAGAGAAUUAUAUUGCUUGAUCCGAAAUAAAGAGGCAGAGUAGGCAAUUCAAGAGUUAGUGUUGAAGACGAGCAGAUAGCUGCAAAAGACAUUGCUGAUUUCUUAAAUGAUAUCUAGAAGCUUGACAGCAAACUUAGUGCUGGAAGUUAACAAAAUGAUGAUGGUGCCAUAUUUUCAAGAAGUGGCUAAUAAGAUUUGAAUCGAAAAUUUGCUGAAGAAAUAGAGAGAAAAAAGUAAGCAGAGCAUGAAAGACUAAAGGGAAAUGAAUUUAUGAAGUCAAAGGAGUAUAAAGAGGCAUUAGAUUGCUAUACAAAGAGUAUUGAUAUGUUUCCUGAUGAUGCAGCUACAUAUUCUAACAGAGCACAAGUGCAUUUAAUGUUAAAGGAGUACUCUAAAGUUAUUGAAGACGCUAAUAAAGCACUUUAAAUAUAGCCAGACUACCUGAAAGCUCUUCACCGUCGAGGUAAAGCCUUCUAGGCAGUCAAUAAGACUGAAUUGGCCAUCAAGGAUUUCCAAAGAAUUCUUGAGAUCGAGCCAAAUAAUAAAGAGGCUAUGAAGAACUUGAAGGAAGCAAGAGCAUCAAAGGAUCACAAGAAAUCAUCUACUGCACCAAAGGAAAAGACAGUUCUAGAAGAGAUUAAAGAAGAAGUAGUUGAGGAAAAACAAGUUGAGCAGCCAAAGAAGGAAGACAAGUUUGUUAGAGUAGCCAUUUAGGAGGAAAGUGAUGAUGAAGAGUAGGAAGAGGUGAAAGUAGAGAGUACCUCUAAAGUUCAAGCUAAUGCCGAAUCAGACAAAGAAAAUUAAUCAAAGAAAUCUAAUAUUGAAGUAGUCAACUCCCAAGAAAAUGAUACUUGGUGGAAAGAGAAUAACUAAAAGCAAUAAGAACAGAUUAAAGAGCAAACUAAAGAAGUUUCGGCAUAAAAAUAACCAGAAGAGAUUCCACAAGUUAAAAUUGAAGAAGUCUAAGCAUCUUAGUUUAAAAGAAUUCCAAUAUAAGAGGACGAUGAUGAUGCUGAUGACGAAGAAGAGGUUAGACUAGUAAAUCCAUAUGUAGAAUAAAAUAAACCAAUUAUUGAAGAAAAAAAAGAAGAGCCCAAAAAGGUAGAAUAGAAGUCAGUAGAAGAGCAGAAAAAAGAAGCUCCAAAAGAAGAUCCAGAGGUGAAAGCUAAGGCUGAUGAGAAAAUUAGACUUGAAAAAUUAAUAAAAGAAAUUGAUCAAAUCAAGGAAGAAGCCUCAGCUGAAUAUAAAAGAGGAAUGUAUGAUGAUGCAGUAAAGGUCUUCGAGAAAGCUGCGGAUUUGGCUGAGAAAAACUUGUCUCAGUAUAAGUAUUACAAAAAAGAUAUAAUUGAGAGAGAAGCGACUAUAUUCAAUAAUAUAGCUGCUUGCUAUAAGUAAGGAUAGCAUAACAAGAAAGAGGUUGAAUACUGCUCUAAGGUCAUUGAAAGAGCACCAUAUAUUAAUGACAUUACCAUUCUAGCAAAAGCAUAUCUAAGAAGAGGUUUUGCUUAUGAGCAUCUUGAGAAAAUUGCUGAUGCCAAGGAGGACAUGAUUAGAGUAAAAGAAAUUCAACCAAAUAAUCAGCAAGCAUCAUAAGCAUUAACUAGAUUAAAUAGAGCCCUUUAAGAUGCUAAUAAGGUUGAUAUCUCCGAUUAUGAACUAAAGAUUGCCAAGACCAAGGAUGCAGGAAACGCCUUAUUCUAAUAGAAAAAAUUCAACGAGGCAAUAGCUAAGUUUUCUGAAGGCGUUGAUAUCUUCCUUAAAAACCCAGACUAACUUAAGAAAGAUAAAGACAUUAAAUUGAAGGUGACUUAAAUCUAUACCAAUAGGUCACUAUCUCAUCAUCAAUUAGGAAAUCAUUAAAAAGCCUUUGAAGAUGCUGACUAUGUACUCAAAAAUUUAGAUUAGGUUAAUCCAAAAGCUCUCUUUAGAAGAGCUAUUGCCAAUAAGAGUUUUGAGAAGUAUGAGGAUAGUGUAAAGGACCUUUAAAAUUUAUUCAAAUAAGAUUAAACAAAGGCUGAUAUUAAAACUGAACUUGACUAGUGUAUGAGACUACUAGUUGAGUAAAAUAAAGCUAAAAAGGAGUAAUAGUAGCAGCAAGUCCCAACCAUUAAGGAAACCAUUAAGGAGUCAGUAAGUAAUGGCUAAAAAAUCUAAGAAAUCUCCUCUAGUAUUAAUGAUUUAUAAGAGCAGAUAAAAAAGGCUGAAGAAGAAAGUAAAAAUCAAGAAAAAAUCGCUAAAUAACUCGAAGAGGAAGUUAAGAAGACAAGCUCUGCUUUGCCAAAAAAGACAAAGAAUCUUAACCAAGAAGUAAUUGAUAAGGCUGCUGACAUUGCUACUUAAUAAACUAACAAAAAUUUAAUAAAAGCUGUACCAAAGACUGCUGCUGGUUUUGAAACUGAUUAUAACUCACUCAAGAAAGAACCUUAAACUUUCUAUCAAUAUGUCAAAAAUAUACCCUUCACAACGAUUGAGAAUUUCUUCAAGAACUGUGAAAUUUCAGCAGAAUUAUUUGCUGCUAUUGUAAGAGUACUAAGUGAGUAUGGACUCUCUGAAGACAUCAAACACUCCGCAUAAUUGAUAAAGAGUUUAGCCAAAGCAUCAAGUUUUGAUAUGACUUUAAUGUUUAUGGACAGCAAAGAGAAGAAUGAUCUAAAGUAAAUCAUUAAUGCCAUUAAGAACUCAAGUGAAAUAGAAAAUGACCUUGUCAAGGAAAUAGUAAAAAUAUACAACUUUUGA